AUGCUAUGGCUAAUAGGCACCACAGCAGACGACGAAACCAAAGAGCCGGCGAGGGAACACUGCGAGGCAGGAACGACCAAGGGAGCAGAAAAACAAACUGUCGAGGACGACGAAGCUUCGACCACUGAAGUCACCGCAGCAGAUGAAUUUGGCGAAACAUCAACCAAGGAAACGUCGACAUUGCUCUCCGAGGAACGACCAACGGUGGACGGAAUAGAAACAGCCGGCAAUAGGGAGAAAUCCAACGAAUUUGGUGCACGUAAAUUAAAGCCAGCUAGACUAUUAUUCGUCAAUCUCGGCAAUGUAAAAGAGGACACGUUGCGAACGUGAAAGUCUGCAGGCAAUGAGCUGUGAGCUCCCCGGCUUAAAUAAACUCGGUAAGCCUGCAAUAACUAAUAUGAAUAUAUAAUUAAUAUCUAUGCAUAAACAACACGCACACAUUCGUUCUCGAAGUUAAUUAUUUUUAUUGCAUAAAAUCAUUUAAUACGGCAACAGUAACUUCUAAAAGUUAGCACUAUUAAAUUAUUCUGAUUCUUUACUCCUGUCAAUCAAAAAUUCAAAAUCAACAUCCUGACCAAUCAUAUGCUCCGUCACCCAGCUGCCGGAGAACUCAGAAUGUGUAGUUUUUGGGCAGGCGGUAUUUCAAGCUACCCGUUCUCUCAUGCCCGCGAAUACCGCCUGCUACGCAGGCUAGUCAAUGCUCUGCCGAAAGUCGUGGGUUUUCUCCGGGCGCUCCGGUUUCCUCCCACAGGGAAGGUUGACAGGGUGGGUUAGGAUAAACACAGUUAGGAAAGUAAUAUCACAAUUGUUGUAAAAAUAAAGUCUAAGCUUAGUAGGUAAUAUAUGUAAGCGUAAUACUUGAUGUAGUCGGUCACUGAAUAAUCAUAAUCAACCAUGCAGACUCCUGGUUACAGUACAUUAACCAGACUAUGGCAGGAGGUGAGAUAAAUGACCUCGAAAUUUAAUCAGGAAUAUUAAGUUCACCGAAGUUCACCCAAAUAGUGUAAUUCCUAGGUUAACCUUAAGGCCCGUUUACACGGGCGAUUUUUGCUGCGAUUUUUGCUGCGAUUUUAGGUGCAAUUUUUUCCUUUUGGAGGAUCUGAAGGAGUAGAUUACUUAAUGAUGUUGUUAUGAGAUUUCAUAUCCUGGAACAUUUAUAACUCAUCCACUCCUUCACAUCUUCCAAAAGGAGAAAAUCGCAACUAAAAUCGCAGCAAAAAUCCCCCGUGUAAACGGGCCUUUAGAGUGUAAAAGGUUUUUAGAGUGCGCGAUUGAACUGCCAUUCACACGUGCAUGGUUUUAAUAAACAUACUUAAUGUCUUUUUGUUUAGUGGUAUUGAAUUAAAAAUGAAGAACUUGCAGGAAGAAUGUCAAAUUGAAAUUAACGAUAAACCUGGACAAGCAUUAGAAAAUGUAGGUAUGUAUUCCUUAGAUUUCUAUUUAAUAUACUCUAUAUAUGCAUGGUAUGAUGAUAUUGCAGGGGUGGACUGAGCGGUUGGGCCAUCCGCCCGGGAAAUUUUGUGGGCCCGGAAUUGCUGGAUGGAGGACAGACUAUUUCCUCUUGCUGAAAAUUCACUAGGUGCGGCCGCUAUUUGUCAGCAUAAAAAUCUUCGCAAUUUUCUUCCAGAAAAGAAAAUCUGGACACAAAAUUUUCAUGUGAAAUAUUAUUCUCGAAACUGAAGUUGAUUAAGACCGGGCUAAGAUCCUCGCUGACGAUUAUUGCCAGAGUUGUUAACAGGUCUUAUUUUACAAGUCCAAUUCAAGUCGCAAGUGUCAAGUCACAAGUGUUAAGUCGCAAGUAAUUUUGUCAGUGACCAAGUAAAGUCGCAAGUCAUUCUGUACAGUUGUAUAAAUGACAAUUGUAUAAAUUGUCUCCCACGACAAUUGUAUAAAUUAUAUUAAUAUACUGUACAUACAGGCUCUGAUACGCCAAUCUGGCUGCAUUAGUCACUGUACAUCAUCGGUGAAUAUGUAUAGGUAAUAGUAUGGUUUUGAGUGCAAUUUGGAAAAAACAUGCAUGCGAGUGAGUUUUUCAAAGAUUAUCAAAAUGGACUCGUGCAAUUUGAAGUCUUUGAAAAACUCACGAGUGUAUGUUUUUUCAAAUUGCACGAGAAACAUACUAUUAAUUAUCAAUAAUAUACAUGGAAAAAUUAUGCAGUCACGUGCGUAAUUUACAGUUAAUGAUCACACCACACACGUCUGUUUCACCAUUUGUUUUAAGAACUCAUGAUGACCUCACUAAUCUGUUCUUUGCUGUUUUUUAGCCGCAGUCAGAGUUAUGUGAGUUGCACGACAAAAUGACUUGACUUGAUGACAAAAUCAUUUGUUACCGACGCAAGUCAAAUGUAAAGCCGUUAAUAAUAUACACAUGCAGUGCAAUUUUUUUCGAAAUACCGUGCGGAAAAAAUGAAAUACAGUGCAAAUUUCUUAAUUUUCUUAAUUUCUAAAUGUUCUUAAUUUCUUAAUUUAUAAGUCUGCGCAUACAGUAUAUAUAUGUGAAUGUGUAUUUUUAAGUAUUUAGUCUAAUCUUAUUCGUUUUCUUAAACAAAUACAUGUAAAAUUAGUUUUAAUAUCCUUGUAAACCUAACAUAUUUCAGCAGUGGAAUUAGUUAUAUUCUGGAGCUGUAAGUUUUAGUGUCAAAUAAACUAUCAAACUAUCAAAAACCUGCAGAACAGGCAGACACAUGGUCAGUUGUUGAUAUCGUGCAAUUAUGACGUAUCGUGCAGUCAUAGUGUUCACGAUUCUAAUUAAAGCUUACGCCAUGCUAGUAUUGCCCGAGGCAUUUUUUCCAUGUCGCGUAUUUGCGAUGAUGGAAAGCGUUCAAACCUUGAAGCCUGGUUCACACGAUGAAAUAAGCAUAAGUACAAGCAGCGGAACCUUUGAUGUAAGCAUAAGAAGAACAAAUGUUGCGUUCUUUACGCUUACGUUUAUGCUUACAUCAAAGGUUCCGCUGCUUGUGCUUAUUUUCAUCGUGUGAACCAGGCUUAAAUCUUUCUGGCGUACCUCGCAAAAUAUUUUGUUUUAACUUAAUUUUCUGGUUUAUAAAGUUAGCUGCCUUUAUAAAUGAAUUUGCCGGUUGAGAAACAUAUAAGAGAGGGGUUCAGAUUUGAUUUCCACUACCGCUUCAAUUGAGGGACCACUGACCAAUCAGAUGCGCACCAAGCCCACUAGAGGCAGUGGUAGUCAAAACUGAACCUUUCUAAAAUUGAUGCCAUAUAAGCAAACAUUCACUGCUAAAAUCUUUUCAUUUUAGCAUAAAUUAUUUUACGACGGAUAAAGCGCUAAGCAUAAUUUUUAAGUUUGCUUGCCGAUUGAGAAAGUAUCAAAAAUUUAAAAGUUUGAAAGUAGUCAUCACCACCAUGCAAGUGGUGUUAUACUAUUUAGUUAGUUUUGAGCGAGUGGUACGCAACAUGCAAAAUUUCUCCUCUCAAAUGUUUUAACCCUGUUUAUAGCUUUGAUGUGUAUAGUGCUAAGAUGUAUUGUAACAAGGUUGUUGAUGCCAACAGCCUUAUUAGUCUUGUUGGAACAACUUCUCAACGUUACAAGGUGAUACCAACAGAAUUGCCACAAGUUGGUCCAACAAGACUAAUACAGACUGUUCGUAACAAGUUGCUACGACCUUGUUGUCAUCAACCUAUUGACAACUUGUUACGUACAAGACGAUAUCAGACCUGUUCGAACAAACUUACUGCGAGUCUGUUGGCCUCGUCAACCUGGUUAAAGGAAUCAAACAAUUAGUCCUAAAGUCCUAGACUUGUUAACAACUGCAUGGGACAAGCAGUGCAAACAUAUCUUGUUGACAAGCUGCAAGAUUUUUCUCAAGAAGCUACUUUAUAGUCGUAUUUCUUUUCUCGCAUCAUUUCCAUUUGUUAAUCAUCAAAUCUGUAAGUGUAAAUCGUUCUGGGUUUAUGUUCGAUCACAUGUAGAGUUGUAAAUUUAAAUUUUUUGCCUAUAUCGAGUAAUUUAUGACGAAUUUGAGAUUUUUGCCUAAAACAAGUCUUCAGAGUAUGAUGCAUGCAACUCCUUGACAUGUGCCUAAGUCAUUUAGCCAAACAGAUUCUCUGUUGUAUACCUAAACAACUUUUUUGCGACAUAUAUAGGCAAUUAUGUUCCUUUAUAUAAUCCUUUUAUUUUUCAUUCUUCAAACACAGUUUUUAAACUACCUUAAGCCGAAGAAUGUCUAAAAAAGAGGUAGAUAAGCUCAAAUGUUUCAAAAAAGUUUUGAGGUUUUCUCAAGUUUUGUGGAAAUGUCAAGGACUGAGUUAUAACUAAAGUCCAAGAUUGCAUAAUACGAGUCGACGAACCUCGUUCAAAAUUGGUUGGCCACCAUGAAAAACUAUGGGGCUCGCUCAGGCUAACCUGUAGGCUCGAUUACCAGCCGGCAUUCGGGGUCCGACUUGAGUAACGGCUGGUAAUGGAGCCUAGCUAACCUGUGGUGGAGUCCUAAAAUUUUAACUGCCAGAAAGUUUCCGAUUCUUGGUUUACCACAUGGACAUUAGUCAGAAUGUUAUCCUGAAUAUAAGCAAAUUAGCAUUACUGGUCUGACAAUCUAAAAUUGAAUAGAAAUAAAUUGGAAUAACUGUAUUUUAGUAUAAUUACAUAGGUGAUUAUUGAAAAUUCUCCACGCUGAUUGGUUGCCGUUGAGGAGAUUAUUACGCAAUAAUCACCUAAGCGAUUUUCAAAAUGGCGGUCGAAGCCGUUUUCUCAAUUAAAUGACGAAGAAAUGUGCAUUUUAAAAUUUUUUUCCAAAUGAUCACCUAUGAAAUUAUACUAAAACAAUUAUUCACCUCAGGCUCGGUGAUUAUCGUGAAUAAAAACCUCGACUUCGUCUCGGUUUUUAUUCACCGAUAAUCACCUCGCCUUCGGCGAAUAAUUGUUAAUUAAUAAUUGUACAAUAAUGCCAAAUAUUAAUAUUAAAUUGGAAAAGGUUUGUUACAUUAUCAAAGAUUAUUUAUGUCUUAUAAAAGUCUUAAGUGAGACUCAGCUCCCAAAACUUAGAGAAUUUUAAUAGAGAGCUGUAGAUUUUAUUCCAAAAGAACCACCGGAUUUGGAUAUUGGCAUACUCUUACGCCAUCAUGUACUGACGCCUUAUAAAUAUUGUAGGCGUGGCCAAAUUGAAAAGUUUCGUAGUAAUACAAGCAUCUACUACGAGAUGACGUGAAAAGAUGGCGAGCAUGUGUAAAGACUGUAAACAACAAAUCUCAUACUUGAGUAAAAUCUAAAGCUCUCAGAUAACUGGCGGUUGGUGAUCAUCUGCUGCACGCUCGUGUUGUUUAGUUAAACCAGGAAUGUAGAUUUUACUCAAAAUCUGUUUGGAAAUCCUUUGCCCAGUUUCAUUGAACAAAUCAGUCAAGAUAUUCGUUGGUCGUUUCGGCGGUGGAACAGUGCUCUUCCCGUACGGUAUUACUUGCGGGUUUAAAGUCUUCAUUGUUUUUUGGUAUUUGCGUUUCCCAUCUUCUUCCCAAGAAAUGUUUGCUUUGCUUUGAAGCUGUCUGCGAUAAGCUAUAUCCUGGAUAAACAAUUCUCUAUUAUCAUGUUUCUCUGUCUGACGUGGCUCGUCAACCACAGCGGUGUAGUAAUUUGGAUUAAUAAAGAAUAAAUAUGUGGUUGAGACAGAAGCUUCGGUGCCACCAUCAGUUGCUUUAUAGUACCAACACUUCGCACUCGCAGCAAGGACAAGAAUAUUAACAUGGAAAGCAUUACAUGCAGCCAUCAGUGCAUAGUGAUGAAAUUCCUUUGGUGUCUUUCUUUCUUCUUGUAUCAAUUCAACACACUCCUCAAAAACAGGGCAAUUCAUAUCGUUGUCAACAAGGUCCUUGUACACAUACAUAUUUGUUGUCAACUCUUCAACAAUUGUAUCACAAACGUUUGCCGGUUCAGUUCCUGUCACUUUUGCAAUAGCAUUGAAUAAGCAAUCGUCUGAGACGUUUCCUUCCAAAAUCUUCAGCCCCAGUUCACUGGCUAUCAGCUCUCCCUGGUAAAACAUUGAUGAAAAUUUUGCUUUCUUAUUGAUAUCUUGCAUUAACUCCACAUGUGAAUUACGUUUAUCAGACUUCUCAUAGAGCUUUAGACUCGAGUAAAUAAUAUCUCCCAAUAUUUUCCCGUCUUUACUAGUAGAGCUUGUCAAAUCAAGACAAAAACAAAAGUCCCGAAAUCCCUUUUUAUGAACCAAACAUGUCCACUUCUGAAAAGCGUUCUUAUAAUUUGAGUACGUGGAUAUUCGAAAUGUUGCAACCCAUUUUAAUGCGAACAUACUACACAGACAAAUGCAGAAAGCAAAUAUUACAUUGCAGAUCAUUAAGCCAUAAAGAAAGGGCGCUGCUGGUAAUGAACAUGUUAAAUCUUCAUAUAUGAGGGGGACGUGGUUCGACAGAUCACAUGGGAAUGAUGCAUGCCAUUGUCGAUCAUACAGCCACAAUACCAACACAACUACUGCAACAGCAUUUGAAACACAGAGAAAAAUAGCUUUCACUGUGUACAUAAAAACUAAACGAUUGUCUUCUUGAACUAUUUCCAUGAUACGGUCAACGAGAUUUCGAACUUUCUGUUUUGUUUCUUUGUUCUCCCGGAGAUGAAGUCCAGUAGCUUUACUGCUCAAGCCAGCGUUUCCU